GUGCCAUUUUAUUGUUUCGGUUCUUUUUGAGCGAGCAGUGCUGCACAGUUGGUUCAGCACAAUAGAGUUCUUUGUAGGCUUUAUAUCUUCGUCAUCUGACCUGAACUCCCUGUGGUUUCUGUACCGCGCAGCUAGCUGGAUACACGGUGACAAAAGUUUUGUCAAGGUCUGGUUGAAAUAGCCUACUUACAAUCGGGUGCAUACUGUCCCGAUUGUCGCCUACACGAGAACCGUUGGAUCAAACUACCAACAAUGCUGUUUUCACGGAGGAUUUGCCGUUUGUUGUUUUGCAUUUUCGUAGCAUGCCGUUUUGUAACGUUAAAAGCAGCUUUUGAAGUUAAAGCCCCCAAUUCAGAAAUAGUGGGAGUGCAUGGGCAGCCAACGCUUUUAGGGUGCUGGUACACCCCGAAUUCUGGUCUGAAUGGCCUGGUGAUCACCUGGCAGAGGGUGGAGGACUCCCAGGUGGUGCACAGCUUCUACUACGGGAAGGAUCAGCUUGACCGACAGAGCCUCCAGUACUACAACCGCACCAGGCUGCUUCCCACUGAGCUUGUGAACGGAAACGCAUCUCUCGCUCUGGCACAGGUCCGGCCAGAGGACGCAGGCCGCUAUCUGUGCUCUGUGAGCAGUCUGCAAGGGUCGGACAAGGUAGAGGUCCAGCUCAAAUUUGCAGCUUUCUACACAGAGCCCCGACUCACUGUGCAGAUCCAUCCUACUAACAUCAGUUUCCAGUAUGAGAGCAAGGGCUACCCAGAACCAGAGGUCUGGUGGGUGGACCCAGAGGGCCAGAACCUCUCUCACCACAUAGAGGUCUCCCCCGUGGAAGGAGAUGAUGGGCUUUUCUUCCUGCAAACUCACCUGGAGGUGGACCAUAGCCAUGAUGUAAACUACACGUUCACCCUGAAGAACCGGCUUAUUUACCAAGUCAUUGAGAGGCCUGUGUCCUUUAACACUGCUGGCCUUGGAUACUGCACCUACUGCCCCAGAGACAGACUGGCUCUCCUGGUUCCUGUUUCCGUAGCUGUACUUCUAGCGAUUUUAUUAGUCAUCUCAUUUUGGUGCCAUUGGAAGAAAUCGUGAUUGAAUCUCAGAGGAAAGCCGGUUGUUCUUACUUCAGUGAAUAUAACAAGCCAGUAGUUAAUCCAGCCAUGGCUUCAAGCUUCAUUUGAUUGAAAAAAUGUAUGUUCAGCUCUGACCUCAAAUAUAAAUAGACUCCUUUUCCUGCUGACUGAGGAACACAGAAGUUAAAAUGGCAUAACUGAAGGACAUCAGUAUAAACUAUAUCAAUAAUAUGGUUAGGUCUUAUUUAACUGGCAGAACAAAAUUCUCGUGUCUCAUUUUACCAGUCCAGAGUGGUAUCGUAGAGUAGAAUACCAUAGGGAUCCUUUAUAGCUUGUAACCAAAACUAAUACAACACAAGAACAAGUGUUGGGCUAUGUUCAGUACCAGUUCAUUUUUGGCUGGACCGCAACAGCGGGGCCAGGCCUACAAACGCGAAUGUGACCGAGUGAGUGACUGAGUGACUGAGUGAUGAAGUUACACCAUUGGUCGGCCGGAUCAGGUGUGUCAUGACAACCGAAUAAACAACAUACAUAAUCACAGCUGUAACCCAAGUCACAGGACGCAAAAUAGCCGUUAGGGAAGCAGGUUGAAAUUAUGAAGCAACGUCUGCGCCAUUGGUUUUAGUGGGUCGCAAUGAGAUAAUUCCGAGCGUGUUGCUUGUCUUAAAGUUGAUAUAGUAAAUAAGGCUGUAUUAAUAUAACUAAAUGUAUAUGUCUGAAGAUGGAAGACUGUUAGACAGUUUAUUAUGUGUAUUUUUACAGGACUUACAUUUUAAUAGGUAUAAAUGUCCAGUUCUCUCUAAUAAAUGACCAAGUAAAUACACUAGCGGUUCAGGUGGUUGAUGCACAUCCCUCCCCUCGCGUGGUCGAUAAUGUGCGCUCGCUCUAAUGUUACUUUCGAUACAGAGAGGCUCAAGGUUCUUAGCUAUGCCCCAAAUUUUGAAGGGAAAGAAAUGCCUUCUAGUUCUAAAAUAUGUAACGUUAGUGGUGGCUACUACAAUAUUUUAAUGUUUUUACUGGUUGCGUGAUCAACUAUUUGAGAUGUGAGAGAAUUAUCUAACCUUACUCAUUCUCAAAUGUAACCUUAUUAGACAAGUACACAGGCAGGAGUAGUGGAGGCGAGUGGAGCAGGAGAGCAGAGUGAAGCAGAAAGUGAUGAGUGGAGAGGAAAGUGGAGGAGGACAGGAGAGAGGAGAGAAAACGAAGACUAAGCACAGGCUAUCAGGCUGGGACCCUAAAUGGGUAGACAAGACAAGAUUCCACCCAUGGCUCUCAGCCAGGCUGAAAACUUUGUCACUGAGGCUAAUAUACAGUGCCCUCUGUAAGUAGUAGGUCAAAGAGGCAUUGUGUAUGAAUAAAUAGAUGUCAAUAAAUAUGUUCUAAUGUUUGUUUUGUAGUCAUUUUAUUUCAUAUUUUUAAAUGACCUAUUGAUAUUCACUCCGACGCCGGCGGCGCGCGUGCACCACCCAGGUACAACAAAACCCCGCUGCUGAAAAAAAUUCCUAGAGGAAACACUGUUAGGUCCAGCCAUAUACUAGGUUUUAACCUCGUCUUGUUUCACCUCUAUUUGUCCUUGGAAUAGUCGCUUUACUAGCUAUUAAGCUAUACCAGUUUCUAACGUUUAUAUGGGAAAAUAGGAUACAAAAUGGUAUCUAGUUAGAAUGAACUAGGUAUGGUACUAGGAUGCAGUUACUAAGUGUACUAUAUUUAUUUUUUACAUUACUAAAUCAAGUGGAUAAUUACACUUUUCUGUUGAACAAUGUUUGUGUGGUUUAUAUGCUCAUUUUUUUCUAACUUGUAAGGCCAGCAUUGUCAGAACCACAUUGCAAUACGUUUUUAGAAAUGCUUCUUUAUGAUUGUCUGGGGUAACACAAAUUUUUAUCAUUUAUGCAAUUUACAUAUUUUAACCCAAAAAUAAAAUCCAAUCCAAAAAUUGUCA